AUGAGGCUAACUGUAACUUUUUUCACCAGCAUACUGUCGAAAGUGGUAAAUCAAAUAAACACAUCGGCAGAUUUGAACUGUGGCUUUGAAUCGACAUGUCAAUGGCGUAAUAAUACUUCUGGAGAAGAUAGUGGUGAUUUUCUGAUAACAAGCAAUGUCAGGGUGGCGAACCAUUUCAAUAUAAUCCCUUCGAGAAAUAGUUCAGAUGAGUUAUUUGCAUACACACAUGGGCCUUUCGACGGGAUGCAAAAAGCUACUUUAAUUAGCAAUAUUAUAAGCUGUCAGCUAGGCGGUAGCACCUUAACAUUUUGGUACUACCGCACAGGUGACUCAGCAACACUGGAAGUGUGUGUACGUCAACCACCAGGAAGCUUGAACACCGCAGAUCUACGAUGCUUUCCUGUCUUCCCCAAAAACUAUGCUCAUCAAUGGUUAUUCAAUGCCGUUGAAUUCCCACCACUUACCCAACCAUUUGAGCUUUUGAUACGCUCAAAUUAUAUUCAGCCAUUCGACAUAAUCGCAAUCGACGAUAUCUUCUAUGAUGCCGCACUUUGUGAACAAAGAAAUGAAGUGGAAAUACAAAGUGCCGAUGAAAAAAACAGACAUGAAAAGCCCAUAAAUUUUAAGAGGAAGUUUCGUUUUACAGAGAACACUAAUUCUCGAUCAACUGAAGGCGGUGAAAGCAAAUUAACCUUUUUCCGUAAUUUAAAAGGUAAUUUUCUCGACGUUAAUGGAAUUGAUUCAGUGAACAAAAACCUUAUCUCUUUCCUUACGAGUGAACAUCGAAAGAGAUUGUUGCCAGUGUAUACUUCAUCAACAUCACGGAAAUCAAUAUCGAAAUUAACCUUUGGACGUAUCAAUGCUCAGCUCAUUUCACCUUGUCUCUUCACAGAUUGUUCGUUUGACUCUGUUAAUAUGUGUAAUUAUAUAUCUAGUGACGAACUCCAAGAUGAUGAUGAUCUUUUGCUGGAUUUACCUUCUCACAUUACUUCGAAGAAGUGGAGGCUUUCAAAUCAAAAAGUUUCUAAUACCCUCACCGGCAUAAUGAGCGAUGUCAGUGGCGGUGGUUGGUUUAUAUAUGCUGGUGAAACGAAUAAUCCAGCAGCAAUAUUUCUCAUGCGAACGUCAAAAGCAAUAAAUAUACCUGAAGAAUCACAAGUUAGCUUCUACGUACAUAUGGCUGGCAAAUAUGGUCGUUUACGAGUCUGUUUGGAUUCUCUUCAAAAAUGUUCAUUUGAAAGGAAUGGACAAGCGCUGAGUGUGAAAACGAGAAAAUGGAUAAACUUUCAUAUCAAUAUAUCACGAGGAUUCCAUACGAUUUAUUUUGUGGCAGAUAAAUUAAAGAAGAAUUAUGUGAUUGGUCUUGAUAAAAUUCAGUUACUGAUUAAACAUGGCGAAGUUUCUGCCCCAUGUGCACGAUAA